AACUCUCCUCCAAACCUCUUGGCACCAAAACCAGAACGCACUUUUCACCCUAACCCACUUCACCACCCAUUUUCUCUCUCUCUCUCUCUCUCUCUCUCUCUCACACACACACACACACAAACUCCUCAAAGAUAUCAAGCAUUCAAAGUUUCAGACCAGGGUUUCUUAAUGCCUGUGAAAUUCGACAACAUAGACCUCAAUUCCGACGUCGUUCAACAGAACGACGAGGUCAACAAAUCUGAAUCAACGGUUAGAGCCGCCGUUUCAGCUGCCCAAACCCUAACGGACUGUCCGUUGGGUUUGGUUAAGGGUUUAGGGUAUGUAGAUAGAGUGAUCAAUACGGAGGCAGAAAUGAGAGAUUUAGAUAGAGAUAAUGAUGCGAAAAUGGAUGUUACGUCGGGCCAAGGUGAAAUUGAGGUAGAUGAUGAUAAGGUUGGUUCGGAUUUGAAGGGUGAUGUUCCGAAUAGUGAUGUAUGUGGUGGGGAUUCAUUGUGUUCUGAUAAAAAUGAAGCUGUUGAGAAGAAUUUUAGUGCAUUUUCGGGGGAAUCAAUUGUAGAUAGAAGUGGAGAGGGUAGUUCUGCUAUAGACGAGGUAGGAGGGAAAGUUUAUAAAGUAGUGGUAUCGCAUUGCGGAGGGGGAGGAGAGGAUCGGAGUGCUGGUUUGCAGCCUGUUGAGGAGAAAUUGAGCAUGGGAACUGAUGUUGCAGUGAAUUUGGACCUAGCUUCUGGGUCUUUGCUUGAUGAUUGUAUACCUGAUUAUUCUAUGUGUUCAGAAUCGGCUGGUCAGCAACUUGAUGGAAGUUCGCAGUUGAUAAUGGAAGAUGGGGACUUGAAGUCUGGUAGCGGGAUAGACAAUGAGGGAAUUGAGGUUAAAGGUGACAUGGGUAUGCUGGCUCAUUUAUCGGAUGAUAAAGUUCCUCAUGUUAAUGCUUAUGGGUCUUCGCUUGAUGAGUGUAAACCUGAUUCUUUUAUGGGUUCAGAAUGGGUUGGUCAACAAGUGGCUGGAAGUUUGCAUUUGAUAACAGCAGAUGGGGAUUUGAAAUCUGGUAGCGGGAUAGACAGUGAAGGAACUGAGGUUAAAGGUGACAUGGGUUUAUUGCCUUGUUCAUCGGAUACAGCUCCCCAUAUUAAUGGGUUUGGUUCAAAUGGAAACCAAGGUGUAGUAAUUACAGUACAGAUGGAGGAUAUUCAACAGCCACAAGACAUCGAGAAGAAAAUUGUUAAACAGGCAGCUUUGAAACUGGAGUCUCAAGUGAAAGAGUGCUGGACUGAAAAAGGUGAAUUUCAUGCGUCUGAUCUGGUAUGGGGUAAAGUAAGGAGCCAUCCGUGGUGGCCUGGGCAGAUCUUUGAUCCUUAUGAUGCAUCAGAAAAGGCAAGGAAAUAUUGCAAGAAGGAUGGGUUUUUGAUAGCAUAUUUCGGGGACCAGACAUUUGCUUGGAACGAAGCAUCACGGAUAAAGCCAUUUGAAACACAUUUCUCUCGAAUGGUGAAGCAGAGCAAUUCGGAAGCUUUUUGUCAUGCUGUGGAUUGUGCUUUGGAAGAGGUUUCGAGACGGGUGGAGUUUGGGCUUGCUUGUUCAUGUUUGCCAGAGGAGGUAUAUGAUAGGAUCAAAACGCAAAUUAUUGUUAAUGCUGGUAUUCGUGAAGAAUCAAGUAGAAGAGAUGGCAGGGAUGAAUAUUCAAGCAUGGAUUCCUUUAUGCAUGUGAACCUUGUCCAAUAUUUGAAAGCUUUAGCACAAUCUCCAUAUGGUGGAACUCACAGAUUGGAAUUUGUCAUAGCACAAGCCCAGUUGUUGGCCUUCAAUCGUUGGAAGGGUUUUGAACAGCUGCCUGAGUUCAAAAUGCUUGGUGGGUUGUUGGAGGAUGGUGCUGACAUUCCUGUAACAGGGGAGGAGAAGUAUUCUGAGGUAGUGACUGAGGAUGCAAUUCGUGUUCCCAUGGGCAAUGAGCAAGUUCCGUUGGGAAAAGGAAAGUUGGUUAUUCAAGAUACUCCUUGUUGGAAGCGUAAGGAAAUCUCUGGUGAUGGUGUGACUCUGCCGAAAAAAAAAGAGAGACGCGUGUCUGACUUGAUGUCUAGGAGCCACUCACACGGCAUGGGUUUCUUAAUGCCUGUGAAAUUCGACAACAUAGACCUCAACUCCGACGUCGUUCAACAGAACGACGAGGUCAACAAAUCUGAAUCAACGGUUAGAGCCGCCGUUUCAGCUGCCCAAACCCUAACGGACUGCCCGUUGGGUUUGGUUAAGGGUUUAGGGUAUGUAGAUAGAGUGAUCAGUACGGAGGCAGAAAUGAGAGAUUUAGAUAGAGAUAAUGAUGCGAAAAUGGAUGUUACGUCGGGCCAAGGUGAAAUUGAGGUAGAUGAUGAUAAGGUUGGUUCGGAUUUGAAGGGUGAUGUUCCGAAUAGUGAUGUAUGUGGUGGGGAUUCAUUGUGUUCUGAUAAAAAUGAAGCUGUUGAGAAGAAUUUUAGUGCAUUUUCGGGGGAAUCAAUUGUAGAUAGAAGUGGAGAGGGUAGUUCUGCUAUAGACGAGGUAGGAGGGAAAGUUUAUAAAGUAGUGGUAUCGCAUUGCGGAGGGGGAGGAGAGGAUCGGAGUGCUGGUUUGCAGCCUGUUGAGGAGAAAUUGAGCAUGGGAACUGAUGUUGCAGUGAAUUUGGACCUAGCUUCUGGGUCUUUGCUUGAUGAUUGUAUACCUGAUUAUUCUAUGUGUUCAGAAUCGGCUGGUCAGCAACUUGAUGGAAGUUCGCAGUUGAUAAUGGAAGAUGGGGACUUGAAGUCUGGUAGCGGGAUAGACAAUGAGGGAAUUGAGGUUAAAGGUGACAUGGGUAUGCUGGCUCAUUUAUCGGAUGAUAAAGUUCCUCAUGUUAAUGCUUAUGGGUCUUCGCUUGAUGAGUGUAAACCUGAUUCUUUUAUGGGUUCAGAAUGGGUUGGUCAACAAGUGGCUGGAAGUUUGCAUUUGAUAACAGCAGAUGGGGAUUUGAAAUCUGGUAGCAGGAUAGACAGUGAAGGAACCGAGGUUAAAGGUGACAUGGGUUUAUUGCCUUGUUCAUCGGAUACAGCUCCCCAUAUUAAUGGGUUUGGUUCAAAUGGAAACCAAGGUGUAGUAAUUACAGCACAGAUGGAGGAUAUUCAACAGCCACAAGACAUCGAGAAGAAAAUUGUUAAACAGGCAGCUUUGAAACUGGAGUCUCAAGUGAAAGAGUGCUGGACUGAAAAAGGUGAAUUUCAUGCGUCUGAUCUGGUAUGGGGUAAAGUAAGGAGCCAUCCGUGGUGGCCUGGGCAGAUCUUUGAUCCUUAUGAUGCAUCAGAAAAGGCAAGGAAAUAUUGCAAGAAGGAUGGGUUUUUGAUAGCAUAUUUCGGGGACCAGACAUUUGCUUGGAACGAAGCAUCACGGAUAAAGCCAUUUGAAACACAUUUCUCUCGAAUGGUGAAGCAGAGCAAUUCGGAAGCUUUUUGUCAUGCUGUGGAUUGUGCUUUGGAAGAGGUUUCGAGACGGGUGGAGUUUGGGCUUGCUUGUUCAUGUUUGCCAGAGGAGGUAUAUGAUAGGAUCAAAACGCAAAUUAUUGUUAAUGCUGGUAUUCGUGAAGAAUCAAGUAGAAGAGAUGGCAGGGAUGAAUAUUCAAGCAUGGAUUCCUUUAUGCAUGUGAACCUUGCCCAAUAUUUGAAAGCUUUAGCACAAUCUCCAUAUGGUGGAACUCACAGAUUGGAAUUUGUCAUAGCACAAGCCCAGUUGUUGGCCUUCAAUCGUUGGAAGGGUUUUGAACAGCUGCCUGAGUUCAAAAUGCUUGGUGGGUUGUUGGAGGAUGGUGCUGACAUUCCUGUAACAGGGGAGGAAAAGUAUUCUGAGGUAGUGACUGAGGAUGCAAUUCGUGUUCCCAUGGGCAAUGAGCAAGUUCCGUUGGGAAAAGGAAAGUUGGUUAUUCAAGAUACUCCUUAUUGGAAGCGUAAGGAAAUCUCUGGUGAUGGUGUGACUCUGCCGAAAAAAAAAGAGAGACGCGUGUCUGACUUGAUGUCUAGGAGCCACUCAAAAUUUUCAAAAGGCGAUACUGAAUCCGAGGGGAAAGCUGGCAGGAAGUUGACUUCUUUGUCUUCUAUUAAGAAACGUAAGGCUGGUGAUUCAGAAUCUGAUGACUCAACGGUGAAAAAUAGGAAAACUUCUCUGUCACCAAUGACAAAAAAGCAGUUUUUUAGAGUUGGAGAAAGCAUACGUAAGGUUGCAUGCCAACUAGCUGUGUCAACUCCAAUUCUCAAGGAUAAUUCUAAAAAAACUGUAGGUGAAAAUGGAAGAAACAAAAGAUCUUCCAGGACUAGUUCUGAGAAAUCCAAAAGAAAAGAGGCCAUUCAAGUGGAGUACCCUCCUCCGGAUGAGAUGCUCUCACAACUCUCUGUGUCUGCCAGAGAUCCAAUGAAAAACAACUUGUUGCUUUCUAGUGUAAGUUUUUUCUCCAAUUUCAGGAAUUCAUUGUGCCUAGAGAAUUCCAUUUCACAAGAACACAAAAAAUCAACCGAGAAAGUGUCUGGCAAGCAUAUUAGGAAAAAAUUAUCUAAAUCGGAAACUACAGAAAUGUCUGGGGUUGAGGUUAUGGAAGACUCUUAUUGGACUGACAUGAUUGUUCAAAGCAACACCGAAGAAGAGCAAGUACUAUUUGAACCUGAGGUCCCAAACAAAACGAGUUCCCCCACUGUUGAACCAGAAGCAGCUCUUGAGUUAGGUAUACAAUUGGAUUCUAAACAUGAAACUGCUGUUGUGGGUUGUCAAUUGGAGGGAAAAUCAGCAGGUGACAUGGAUGAGAAAUGCGAGGAAGAGGAGACUCCAACCACACUAAUUCUGAACUUCACUGACUUGGAGUCUGUUCCUUCCGAAUCAAUUCUUAAUGAGAUAUUCAGCCGCUAUGGACCUUUAAAUGAAUCAGUCACCGAGGUCAUGAAGAAGAGCAAACGUGCUAAAGUGGUCUUCAAGAGGCGUUCUGAUGCUGAAACAGCUUUCAGCAGUACUGGAAAAUUCAGCAUUUUUGGGCCUUCACUAGUCAGUUACCGCCUUAAUUACUCAUCUUCUACACCGCGUAAAACUUCUACUUCUGCAACAAAGCGAGGCAGAAAGGGUGCAACAUCUGUGGAAUGAAAUGCUGCUUGAUAAUUGAUGCAGAUCAAUUUAGGUGUUCACAUGACACAUUGGUACUGCACUUCAUUUCGAUGUUCGUCUUUUUAGGAAACCCAUUGCCCCCUUGGGUACAUAUUUGUUACUGGACAAUUGCAUGCAAAUAGGUAGGAUGGAGCAUUCAACUUAGUUAUCCAUUUAGGCAUCCUUAGAAUCCUGACUCAUCAAUAUUUUCUAACCAUGUUUAUUCAUCUUGAUUUCACUGUAAAGAAGAGUUUUGAGUUUUUUAGUUGUUUCUGUGCGUUUUGUAAAUGUUUUUCUGCCUUGAGGAUUUUAUAGACCAUUAGAGUGAGAACUUCAGAAGCUUGGAUUGCUUUCUUUCUAAAUGGUGUCCUAUGAUGAAAUGUUUAGGUAGUCUGGUACAAAGUAGUUGGGCUGGAGAUGGAUUUAUUUCAAAUUUGGUACCUGCCUUGCAGUUGCUUGGUGAAUGGAGUGCUUUACUAAGAAAUAAGACCGGCGGAAUAUUUAGUUUCUUGAUUAACGUUUCAUUUAUGACCAGACUGCUUUGUGACAAUGAAAUUCAGUGGCCUUUGAUAUAACUUGCCCUUGAUGACUUGCCAGAAAUUCUGACAUAAUUUGUUUGUUACAGUUUCACCUUUUAUGGUAAUUUACAGAUUUCAUUGCGGCUUUUA